UACUGAAUUGUGAUUGGUUCGGGCCAAUUGGUGCCUCAACUUCAAAUUUUAUCUUCAGUCUUCAGAGUUCAAUUCGCAUUUUCGCAAAGCUAAAAGUUAAAACGCAAUUCAUCAUUAGACAUUUCAAAAUACAGUCGACCAUUUUUGAUUUUGUGGUUCUCAACUUAUAUUUGUGCAAAAAUAUGGAUGGUGUUUUUGAAGGAAAAAAUGACGUUUCAGCAAUAUUUUUCGAUUUAGACAAUACAUUAAUACAAACAAGAAAAGGAGACUCAAAAGCUUGCAAUAAGAUGGUGCAGAUCUUAAUGAAUGAGUAUGGGAUUUCUGAUGAUGUUGCCAAUGAGAGUGCCACAAAGUUCCUGCGUGUUUUCCGGGAUUGUCCGGAUAAUGAAUCAUAUGGGAUUAAUGAAUGGCCUGCCAAUUUGUGGCGCAACUGUUUACCUAAGAAUUAUAGGCACAUUGCUAAUAAUGUGUCGGCCGAGUGGUUGAAUCUAAGAUUUAAAUGUUUAGCUUUGACAUCAGAUGUUAUACAUCUAUUAGAAACAUUGAGGGAGGAUUAUCUUCUCGGUCUGAUCACAAACGGGCCGUCGAGGGCCCAGUGGCAGAAGAUCGAGAGACUCGGCCUUCGCAAAUACUUCGAUUGCGUGCUGGUGUCCGGUGAUCUGCCGUGGGAGAAGCCCGACCAGAACAUCUUUCUGGAAGCCUGCAAGCUGCUCAAUGUCGAGGCCAGGACUUGCAUAAUGGUUGGAGACAAACUUGAAACUGAUAUUCAGGGUGGCAUAGAAGCAGAGUUGGGUGGUACUGUAUGGAUUCCACUGCAUAAAGAAGAGUCACAAUCAAGUCUGCCGGACGUCACUAUACACAAGGUCACAGAGUUGCCUGAAGUGUUGCCAAAUUCACCAAAACUCAAGCGUCAAAUUCAAAAAGCACGAGCAACGGUUUUAUGAAGUUGAUGCUUAGAUCAGUACUUUGUAGUUGAAAGUGUAAAAAAAAGUUCUGUCUAUUUUUCUAUAAUGACGCGCCCUGCUAAAUUCUCUUAUGACUUGUAAAGUAUACUUCACCCGUGUUGGCUCACGCUAUGACGUAAUAGUUAUUUAUGCAACUCUUGUGUAAUAAGUGGUAUUAAAACACGAAUGUGGGUGAUAAUAGAAUGACAUUAGUGUUUUAAUACCUAAUUAUCAACAGUUGCAUACAAGACUUUAUCUACAUCCAUAAUAUGAAUCCUCUAUAAAAGAUUCUGAAACAGUUAGCUCGCUGCUAACAUUAAAAGGGCCAGUCCUAGUAACCAUUACAUUAUCCAAACGAGUGUUGUGAUGAAAACGGAUGAUGUAAUGUUGUACUGAAUUUUAUUACAACACUCGUUUGGAUGAUGUAAUGGUUAUUAGGAUAUUGGAUGUUUUAAUGUUGGCAAUAAGCUGACUGUUAUAGAAUCUUUAAUGGAGGAUUUAAAGCAUGGGUGUAGAUAAACUCUAAUUUACUGCAUAUUUUGAAACUCGAGAUUAGGUUAAGUAUUACAUUAUUUUAAUGACUUAAAUGGGUUGUGAUGCUGUAACACUGUUUUCACUUUUAAAAUCAGUUUGAUUUCUAUUUUAAUUUUAGGGUGUGCUAGAUAAUGUACGUUUAAGCUAUUAUCCAUUUUUUUGUUGGUAUUUUAAAGAGAUAUAGUAGAUAUAUAUCACGAUUAAUAGGAAAUGUUUUCAUAUACUCAAAAAGUUACAAGCCGCGGGAAACGCUCGCUUCCCAAGCUGGGCUAGCAUGCGCAACUCGAGAUAUCUCGCGACGGGAGAGAGAAACUUCUUUACGUUGCGUCGUCUAAUUUCUCGUUUACCCUAACAUGCACAUUACGACUGUUAAGAUUGUCUUUGUCAAAAAAAUAUUGCCUUUUCACUAGAUUAUCGAACAUUAAACACAAAAUGAAAUUUCUCAGCAUUCUAUUAAUCAUUAAAAUGAAUUCAUCAUGCGCUCUCUCAUCAAAGUGGACGUUAAGUAGGCAGGUGCUGUAAUUUAACAUUUUAUUGGCAGCAAUCGAAAAAGAUUAGUUAGAGACAAUUUGGGGCAAGUUUGCGCACUUGAGCAUUAAAACUAGUGUCAAGAUUUAAACGAUAAGCAUGACAGGAAAAUAAAACUAUGUUUCUGAUAGAGUAUUUAGUUAGGUAAUAAUUAAAUCUAUAAAGGUUUUAGAAACCUUAACACUUCCUAAUAAAAAUGGAUUAAUCCGAAUUAUUCUAAAUGAGCACACUUUCCACGUAAUAAGGGCAAGUGUGCGCACUCGUGCGGGGUAAAUUUGCGCUAAAUAAUAACUAAAUAGCUAAGAGAAUUAAGUGGAUUUUUAAAGCCCUAACAAGCUAACUGAUUUUAAAAAUACUUACAUAACUUUAUUGAAGCUAUAACUUCGAAUGUUAUGCUAAAUAAAAAGCUCGGAUACAUUAUUAACUGAUAAAAGAAUUAUAUGCAUUUACUUUAAUUACUAUCCAACAGUGUGACAAUUUUGCCAUGACGAAAAAAUUAAUUUAAUCCACCAAUUAAUAUUAUUUUUUUGCAGCAAACUAAUGAUACUACUUGGGUUUUUCUUGCAUAAGCUAUCCACCAACAAACUUCCCCCUCUCCAUUCAUUAAAGGGUACCCGAACACGUACCCGCUGCGCAUAAUUACCCCACAUGACACUUAAAAAAAUAUGGACAGAGGCUUCCAAUAAAAGUAAGUUUUUCGCUAGCUUUCUAUUCUUAAUUUUAUUUAUCAUUACGAACUCAACUCGUGAUAGGAAUCCGGACAAAUCUUCGUGAUUUUUGGUUUGCUGUUAUAUUAAUCUAAAUUUGUAACGGUAUAAUUAUAUAUUAUAAAAAAAAGUAUGCAAGAAGACAGAAUGGGUCGAGAUAAGUUGACGUGGUGCGCACUGCGCAUGCUAGCCCAAACGGUCUAUAACACUUUUGUUAAAACUGAAUUUUAUCAAAAAAUCAGCAGUUACCCUGACAGUUCCUGUUGUCUAUUCCUAGUGAUUGUUCUACUUAUGUAUCCAAUCUAUAAUAUUGUAUAACCUUAAAUGUUUGAUACGCGUGAACUACUCAUCUGAUCAUAAAACUUGUACAUUUUAAUCGCGAGAGUUCAGGAGAGAGAAAAUACAAAUUAUAAAAUACUCUUUAAAUGAUUAAAACGCGUGUAAUUUUAGCUGUUUGUAACAUUUUUUUUAAAGUUACAUUUUUUAUUAUUUAAUGUUGAUGACCUUGCAGGCUUACGUUUUUUACUAGACUUAUGUUUCAGGGGAUUGAGGUAGGCAAUAGUAGUAAUAGAAGUUUUCAAGUUGUUUCAAAGUUCAGAGCCAUUUAUUGCCUCAGAGGUGAUAUUUGCCAUAGACAGGUUUGACCUGUAGCUGGACGCAAAAACCUAAUUUGAAAAUACAAGUACACGCCACUGAAUCCUUUAAAAAGUAUUUUAUUUAAAUAAAUGUGUAAUACUCGCGUUAAUCAAAAAGACUAUUAUAAAAUAUUGUCUUUAAAAAAAUAACGAAUUAUGCGUUAGGUCAUAAAAUUAGAUACAGUCAGUAAAUAGAUACUACUUAAUCAACUUAUAAAUGCAGCAUUCAAAGUACAAAGUCGCAGUACAAAAGAUAAUUAUGUAAAAAGAGGCUUUCUUUGUUUUUUAAUGUUUUGUUGUUUGUACAGAAUUUGAGUUUUAUUUUAAAGUAAGGUGCUUCAAUGUUUUAGUCAGCCAAAAUGAAGGUGCUUCUUCUUCGAGGAUAAAUAGAUAUUAAUGUAGGUCUCUGAUUACCCCUAGACCCAUUUAAAAAAUAAUAGUCGUUACUCUGUCUUAUCAGUAUCCGUCUUAUUUACUUGAAAGUCAUAAAAUGGAGAUCUAAUCUAUAUCAAGAUUUUUUUUGCCCAUAAACCUAACGGGGAUCUUUUUUGUGUAAUUGUUUAAAUAUUAUUCUUUUUUUGUAUUUUGUUUCUGAUGGUCUUGUUACCAAUGCUCGUAAGUAAUAAAACUAAACUCCUUACUCUAUUCCCAGUAUGAAGUGACAUCUGACAGAUGUCGGUUUCUUCAGGUAAAGUUUUCGGAUGGGCGUAGUUAGCGGUUCUCGCUGUUAAAUAUUUGGACAACAAUUAAUAAAAAAGGUUAUAUUUUUUGUCAUGUUAUUGUAAAAUAUUUGGGAAUAUUAGAAGUGAUUCGCAUGUGUUAUACAUGAUACUUCGUGUUUGAAAUAGAGUAGGUAGGUAGUAGUUACCUACACCACAACUCAAUGUCAAAACACUUGCUGCUCGCGGUGCCAUGAAUGUGUUUGGUUUGAUUGAACUAUGUGUUUGGGUCCCCUAUAUAAGUUUCUUUUUUUUUAUAAUAAAAAUUAAUACUACAGUUGUAUGCCUCCGAAGGUUUUGAUUGUGUGUUGACGCCCAUGUCACGCGAUCUCCGAGAUGAUGAUUUCGAAUAAACAUUAACUUCAACUUCAACGAAUUAAUCCUUCACUAGUCCCUAUAGAAAGGUAAUUCUAGACAAUACCAACUACUUAAAUAUGUUUACUCUGUUAAUAUUCUUAAAGUUAAUAGAUAUUCUAGAUCUGUAUAGACUGUAAAUGUGAUAUCAAUGUAGUAAGUAGGAAUGUCUGCUACUUUUGUAUGGCAGUGAGCGGGUGGGUGUGCCCAGGUAGCAAACAUUGAAUUUUAUUGCAGACACGUGACCGCCCAAGUCUGUAACUGUAUCAAUCACCUGGCGGUUUUGAUAUUUUUUUAUAGUUAUUUAGAAAUUCUUCGCUUACGCCUGGUAGAAAAAUGUCAAUCCUCUACCCUAUUCCGAUCGCAGGUUAGAAUGUAAAUGAAAUUCCUAUAAAGCAUACCAUUUGCUGCUUCCUCUAAUGCCGCAACCACAUACCAAGAACAACAGCGAACUAAAGCAAGAAAAAGUAAUUCUCUUCCAAUCGCCUCACUACUCCUCCUUCUAAUAUGUAGAUCCGGCCUAAUAUAAAAUAUUACUUGACGGGAUCACUGAAAUAUGUGAUAUGUUUUAUUUUAUGGAUCUGUAUUUAAUUUCAAAAAUGUUAUACCGAAUGUUUUUUUUUUAUUAAAUGGCUCUGACAGUUUUUUUGGUUUUCGUAUUUGUGUGUUGCCACUUUAAUUUAUAGGAUUUUACAAAAUUCUACGGGUGUGAUACCUACUCUAUGUUGGCAAAAAAGGAAAUAGUUGGUUUGUAUACGAACAAUAUUAUUCACCUUCACUGUUUUAUUUUGCAAUAAAUUAAUAUUGCAUAGUAUUAUAUUUGUAUUUACACGCUGAUGACUGUUAGUUACUGUUUAGUUGUUUACAACAGCUUUAGGUAGCAGAUAAGUUGCUAGUGUAUGGUAUACUAUAUGUACCUAUUCCAAAAAAAGAAAAAAAUAUAUUUUAAGUUAUCUAACAUUUUGUUAACUUAAACAAAAGAAAAAUUCAUAUCUGGAAAACUUAGAAAAAUGCAUGUAAAUAAAAGUGUUACAAUGUUAAACAAUCAUUAUUUUGAUGUCGAAUACAAAAUAUUUUUCAUU